AGAAUUGAACAAUUAAUUUUUCUAUCCAAUUAUCCAUAAAGAUAUGGCUGCCUACAACCAAUUGAGAUAGAGGUUAUGUCUUUUCAAAUUCAUAAGUCCUCUUCAGGGAUGUCAUUCAGGGUAAUUACAACCUGAAUGUUUAAAAAAAUGGACAGAAAUGAAAAAUUAUCAUGAUUCAGUGCUGGAAUGCUGCAUGGACCAUGGACUCCCUCACCAAACGGAUUGCUUUUCUGAUAUUUCCAGUCCUCGCAUUUUUAUUCUGCCGAUUUCUGGAGAUUUCCCAUCAGAUAAAUGUUUAUUUCGACUCAGUCUACACUGAUGUAUCGCACAAAAAAAUCUACGAUUUCAUUAUUGUUGGCGCUGGAAGUGCAGGAUCGAUAGUCGCAGCUAAACUAAUAGAUGCUGGAUCAAAAGUUCUACUCGUGGAAGCUGGAGGUCCACCACCACCAUUUGCUGACAUUCCUGCUUUAUCACCGAUGUUGCAGCAAAGCCCCUACGAUUGGCAGUUCAAAACAGUUCCUCAAGUCCACGCCUGCAAGGGUUUGAUGAAUAAUGUGAGUAAUUGGCCUAGGGGAAAGGUACUGGGGGGCUCCAGUAGACUCAACAGCAUGGCGUAUGUUGAAGGACAUCCAGGAGACUAUCGAGACUGGUUUCCCGAUUAUAAUGAGUUUAAGAUUGAGGAAUUAUUCAUCCCUGAGACACUCAGGUGGACCUCUACCCUUGCUGAUGCUAUCUUAGGAGGAGUUUCAGAAUUGUCUACCACGAAAAAAUAUAAAAAUCGUUUGAAUGAUUUCAAGAGAGUGCCUGUGGUGACGAAGAAUGGAGCUCGAUGGAGUACUGAUAAGUUACUCACGAAGGAGAGGCGCGGGAAAGGACUGGAAGUGGUAACUCAUGCACAAGUUGAAAAGAUAAUUUUGGGCGUGAAUAGUCAGGCUCGAGGAGUAUUAUUCCGAAAACAUGGUAGAGAAUAUGUUGUGAAGGCUGAGGUUGGAGUAAUUGUUAGUGCUGGAGCUGUUGGAACCCCUAAACUGUUGAUGCUGUCUGGAAUUGGACCCAGAAAUCAUCUCGAAGAAUUAAAGAUCAAUGUUAUCCAUGAUCUACCAGUGGGUGAAAAUUUAACCGAUCAUGUGCUCACAGGAAUUGAUUUAGUUACCCUGAACGCUACUCUAUCAGUUAGUAUGACUGAAUUACUGAAGCCAACAUCAGCUUUGCGAUAUUUCCUCUCCGGAGAAGGACCAUGGACAUCCACCGGACUGGAAGUCGUGGGAACUCUCCACACAAAGUCAAUAAAUAAUCUGAAUAACAAUCCAGACGUUCAGCUGAUGGUAAUGCCAGUGGGAAUAUCGCAAGAUAAUGGUGCAUUGCUGAGAAAGUAUAUGGGAGUCUCUGACGAGGUUUUUUACAAAUACUUCAGCCCUCUGGCACACAAAACGGGAAUAACUCUAGCACCAGUUCUGCUUCAUCCAAAAAGUACUGGACACGUCAAACUCAGAAGCAAAAAUCCCGAGGAUGAUCCUCUGAUAAAUCCUAAUUAUUUAUCGCACCAGCAAGACGUUGUUACGUUGAUAGACGGUCUGAAAUUUGUCGAGGAAUUAGUGAGUACAGAAGCAAUGAAGGCUCUGGGAGCUGAGGUGAACAGGAGAAAAUUCCCAGGCUGUGAGGGAUACGAGUUCGGUGAAAGGAAUUAUUGGGAAUGUUACGUUCGUCAUUUAACGUUGACGUCUUAUCAUCCUGCUGGCACUUGCAGCAUUGGAAAAGUUGUUGACAAGAAUUUCAGGGUCUAUCACACGAAGAAUUUGUACGUCGUGGAUACGUCGGUGCUUCCGAGGCUGCCCAGUGGUAAUAUCAACGCAGCUGUUAUGAAGCUGGCUAGCAAGGCUGCGAAAAUCCUGAGCGAUUUGAGGAGAUCGAGACGUGUCGAUCAGUGUCACAUUGAUGAUUUUAUAAAUUUCGUAUUUUUAGGAAAAUAGGAAAAUUUGAAACAAAAAAUUUGAAAUUGCUUUGAUGAUCUCAGGGUGACAUCACAGAGUCAGCAAUAAUGUUAGCAGUGACGGGAAAUUCGAAAAUUACUGGUAAUUAAUUUUUGGCUGUGGAGGUUGGGGACAUCCCAUCUCAAUUUUUCCUGUAAAACAUAUAUUUGGAUAUUUGUCCGGAAAUAAAAUGUACCACACCGACUA